UGGAUUUUUAUUUUUGGGUGGUAAUACAAAAUAUUGGCAAUCAAAGCCGCAAUGCCAAAACAAAAAGUAACUGUUUUACAUUUGGCUGGAUUCCGGUUCGGGCUUGGACUAAUCCGCACGCACCGUGGAGGUGGGGCAAUCGAAUUUGGUAUAAAAGUUGCGUGCGCGACAUUUGACAACAUAGUUCAACGCAGGAGCCUCAAGUGUAGUGAUCCAACAGAUUUUCAGCACUCCGAACCCAACUCAAAACUCGAAAACUAAACUCAAAAUGUUCUCACUUGUGUCUGUGUUCGUCCUGGGCGUGGCUGCUGCCGCUGCCAUCGAGCUGAGCCCCAUCUACUCUGCGCCCACCGCGCACCUGGUGAAGCCACUGCUGAAGACCGUCGAGGUGGAGGCGCCCGCCAACUACGACUUCUCCUACUCCGUGCGUGACGACCACACCGGCGACAUCAAGAGCCAGACAGAGUCCCGCAAGGGUGAUCAGGUCCAGGGACAGUACACGCUGAUCGAUGCCGAUGGCUACCAGCGCAUCGUGGACUAUACAUCGGAUGCCCACAACGGCUUCAAUGCCGUCGUUCGCCGUGAGCCUCUGGGCCAGAAGAUCAUUAAGGCUGCGCCCGUUGCCAAGAUUGUGUCCCCCUUGCCAUUGGCCUAUGCGCAACCCAAGCUGCUGGCUGCCCCCAAGCUGCCCUUGGGCCUGUACCAAUAGGAUCGAGUCAAGGCGAG